AUGGCAGCCCCAACGCACCCCUUCGACUCCAUUACCCCGGCGGAGAUCGUCCUGGCCACCAAGAUUAUGGCGGCGGCCUUCCCCGGGGUCCCUCUACGGUACAAGAAGAUUGAUAUCCAAGAACCCAUCAAGAGUGAAGUGGUUCCGUACAUUGAAGCGGAACGGCUAGGCAAGCCCCUGCCCGCAAAGCCCACUCGCUUGCUGCUGGUUCUUUUCCACCGCAUGGAUACCAUGGCCUUCGGCAAGGCAUUGUUGAAUGCCGACACCAGAUCAAUCGUUUCGGCCAAAGAAUUGCCCAAACACGUCCAGGGUCCUGGUGAUCCAGACGAACUGGGAGAAGUCGAGCAACUCUGUCUCUCCCAUCCGGCCGUGCAGGCAGAGGUGGCUAAACUGAACCUGCCUCCUGGUGUCACUGUCUGCAACGACCCUUGGAUCUAUGGCACCGAUGAUCCCAAUGAGACGCGUCGCUUGUUCCAGUGUUAUAUGUACAUCGUUGCGACAGACCAUCCCGAAAACAACCACUACUCUGUGCCUUGCAAGUUCUCCCCUGUCUUCGACGUACACAAGCGCGAGUUGGUUCGAAUGGAUUAUCUACCCGGUGGAGUUGAUACACAAACCACGGAAACCCAGCCCUGGAAGCCAGUUGAGACCAUCCAGUAUGCGCAUGACCUGCUGCAGGAACCCUUGCGCACUGACCUCAAGCCUUAUAUCGUCCAACAGCCUCAGGGUCCAUCUUUUAACGUCGACGACAAUGUGGUCUCGUGGCAGAAGUGGAGAUUUCGCGUUGGGUUCAAUAGCCGUGAGGGUCUCGUUAUUUACAAUCUCACUUAUGAUAAGCGGAAUGUCUUCUACAGAUUGUCCAUGUCGGAGAUGACCGUGCCGUAUGGCGAUCCCCGUGCACCCUAUCACCGCAAGCAGGCAUUCGAUGUGGGAGACGUAGGCUUCGGUGUCACAGCCAACCAGCUCUCCCUAGGCUGCGACUGUCUAGGUCACAUUAAGUACUUUGAUGGCUACCGCGCUGAUUCAAAGGGCAACCCUGUCUUGCUGAAGAAUGUCAUCUGCCUCCAUGAGCAGGAUAACGGUCUGCAGCACAAACAUACCAACUACCGCAACAAUGCCGCCACGGUCGUCCGUAACCGCCAACUAGUAGUGCAGAUGAUCUGCACCGUUGCCAACUACGAAUACAUCUUCGCUUUCAUCUUUGACCAGGCCGCCAACAUCGAGCUAGAAGUCAGAGCAACCGGUAUCCUUUCCACUGUGCCCUUUGACAACGAGAAGUACGGCACCACUGUUCCAUGGGGCACGAACGUCGGCCCUGGCGUCAUGGCGCCCUUCCAUCAGCACAUGUUCUCUUUCCGGAUGGAUCCUGCCUUGGACGGCUUCAACAAUACCGUCUACUACGAAGAUAGUGUGCCACUGCCUGAGGAUGAGAGCAACCCCUACCUAGUGGGAUACACAACCGAGCAGACAGUGCUCCGCACCAGCGGCACGGCAAACACCGAUAUCAGCCGCCACCGCGUGUUCAAAAUUCGCAACGAUGCCCACAUCAACCCCAUCACCUAUAAGCCCGUAGCGUACAAGCUUCAGACCUCGCCCAGUCAGAUGCUUCUAUCAAGCCCGAAGUCAUACGGCGCCAAGCGGGCCGGCUUCGCAACCAAGCCAAUCUGGAUCACGAAGUAUCGGGACGACGAGCUGUAUGCGGCGGGCGAAUUCACCAACCAGAGCCGGGAGAGCGAGGGCGUGGAGAAGUGGGUACAACGGAAAGAUCCUGUUGAGAAUGAGGAUAUUGUAUUGUGGCAUACCUUCGGCCUGACGCAUAACCCCCGCAUUGAAGAUUUUCCCGUCAUGCCCGUCGAGCGCGUCAGCGUCAUGCUCAAGCCCGAUGGAUUCUUCACCAAGAAUCCCGCACUGGACGUGCCGCCUUCGACGCAGUCGUUUAACAAGUCGACGUUGCACCCGGAGCCAGCCACGUGCUGUGCUCCUGCAGAGAGGACGGGGAAGUUGUGA